AUGAAGCUGAGCUCAUUGGCUCGGCCUUUACACUGGGGUCUCCUGCUCCUCUGGAUAGUGAGCCUCUGCAGCCGGGGACAGUCCACUGGCAACCAAAGCUCCAGAGGACAGUCAGGGUCAUCGCAGGAGAGGACGGGGACGUGUGAAGUGGUGGCGGCUCAUCGCUGCUGCAACAAGAACAAGAUUGAGGAACGCUCUCAAACAGUCAAGUGCUCGUGCUUCCCAGGGCAGGUGGCGGGGACAACAAGGGCUCGGCCCUCUUGUGUUGAUGCCUCUGUUGUGCGUCAGAAGUGGUGGUGUAAAAUGGAGCCGUGUCUGGAGGGGGAGGAGUGCCGAGUUCUCCCUGACCUCACCGGCUGGUCGUGCAUCUCCGGGAACAAAGUGAAGACCACAAAGGUGGCACGGUAG